AUGUAAGUUGUAAUCCAGCAAAACGAAACAAAAUGCCAAGUUCUUCACGAUUACUUGAUGCAAACAUAUUCACCAGCAUUAGUCAAUCAUCUUACUUAGACUGAGUUAUAUUUGCAAUAGGAAUUAUAAGAUUUCCAAAAGUAAACAAUUUAUCUAACAAUAGAGUAGAAGAGGAAAGUGAUGGGAUGGAAGAAUUACUCUUGGAGCAUAAGACAACUAUAUAAAAGAUUGUUAAAUAGUUGAACGAAAAGAUAUAAUCAGAAUAGGUAUUAGAAAGUUCUAUAAAUAGGACAAAAUGAAAAAAGCAGAAACUUAUAAAAAAGGAAAGAAGGAUGAGUUAUCUGCCUUCUAAAAAGCUAUUGACUCAGUUUCGACUGCUAUGAAAGAAACUUGUUCGAAAGUAUUGAAAUAUCUAUAACGGUAGAUUGACAUUAAAGAGUUAAAUAAGAUUGGUCAGCUACCUUAAGGGAUGGAUCAAUUCAUGGCACAACUCUUUUCUAUUGUUUACAAUGAGGAUCAAGGUAAAUUUAAUUGGAUUGAAUUCAAGAAAAAAGUGUAAGAAUUAAUUAUUAAUUAAUAGUUUUGAUUAGGAUAAAGGAGGUGAUUUUUAAAGCAGAUUAGCCAAUUUUUAAUUUAAAGGGGUAAGUUAAGAAAAAGAAAACCUCUUACUGCAAAUGAAAGCUGAUCCUUAAUUCCAAAAGGUUUUCUCUGAUCCAAAAUUUACAAGAGCAUUUCUAGAUAUUGCAGAUUGGGUUUUAAAGUAUUUGUUAUAUUAGAUUUCCUUUGCUGUUUCAGGUGUGGAUACUUAAAGAAGAAGGGAUCUUGUAUACACUGAAUUCGAUAGAAUCGACAAAGAGUUUAGUGCAAGGAAAUUAGAACUUGAAAGUUAUUAUAAAACCUUUGUAAUUUAAUUAAUAGAUUUAGGAAUUUUGGAAUUCAUAAUUAAAUUAUUCAGAAAAUUAAUUGAUAUUUCUCAAUAAAUUCAAACCAAAUAUCAAAUAGAUUCAAUCAGAUAUUACAAAAAGCAAAUAGAACUUAGACGUCCAUGCUGAUAAGUAUCUUACAUAAGUAAGAAAAAUGAAUGAAUUAUUUUAAAAAAUCAUUUGA